GAUGCUUCGAACUCGGAGAAACGAACUGUUAAGAUAGUAAAGUCUUUGAUUGACGAUCGAGUCAAUCGGACUCGACUCAGUUCCUCCCGAGCUCAGCAAUGGCUUCUCUUAAUACAACCAUCUCUCCGCGAAACCUUCUCUCUCUUUCAAAACCCAGGAAAUCGAUGUUAAAACCCUUCGCCAAUUCCUCUUUUCAGGCUCAGAAACACCGCCAUAUUUUCUCGAGAAACAAACAGAGAGCAAAGGGCGACUGGGCGGUGAACUCAAUGGUGGAGGACGAGUUGGACGUAAUCCCGGUGCAGAGUGGGGAUUCGACGGACCAACAAGAAGGGGUUGUGGUGAGUCCGGUUGAGAGGGAAGGGAACGAGCUGGCGAGUCAGGUUGGGGGGUUUGCUGUGGCGCCGAAUGAGGGGAUGUUAUCGUUUGAAGGGUUUUCUUCUGCUUCAUCUUCCUCAAUUGGUGGAGCAGGAGAGAUGAGCAAAGAGAAUGAGGAAAUGGAGAAGGUAAUUGAUCGGACCAUCAAUGCGACUAUCGUUCUAGCCGCCGGUACUUUUGCCAUCACCAAGUUGCUUACCAUUGAUCAUGAUUACUGGCAGGGUUGGACCCUUUUUGAGAUACUAAGAUAUGCUCCUCAACAUAACUGGAGUGCUUACGAGGAAGCUUUGAAGACAAACCCAGUAUUGGCUAAAAUGGUAAUAAGUGGAGUUGUCUAUUCUGUGGGGGAUUGGAUUGCACAGUGCUAUGAAGGCAAACCUCUCUUUGAGUUUGAUCGUGCUCGAAUGUUCAGAUCAGGCCUCGUGGGGUUUACCCUACAUGGUUCCCUUUCUCACUAUUAUUACCAAUUCUGUGAGGCACUUUUCCCUUUCCAUGACUGGUGGGUGGUUCCGGCCAAAGUCGCCUUUGACCAAACUGCAUGGUCAGCUGUAUGGAACAGCAUUUAUUAUACAGUUCUGGGAUUCUUGCGAUUUGAAUCCCCAACUAGUAUUUUUACCGAAUUGAAGGCAACAUUUUUCCCCAUGCUAACGGCAGGAUGGAAGCUUUGGCCAUUUGCUCAUCUCAUUACUUAUGGUGUGAUCCCGGUAGAACAAAGACUUCUCUGGGUGGACUGUGUGGAACUCAUUUGGGUGACAAUACUCUCAACCUAUUCGAAUGAAAAAUCAGAAGCAAGGCUAUCCAACGCACCAGCAGACAAUAUCUCGAGCUGUGUGUCAACAGACCCUUCCAAGGAGUAGACCAACGAACACUAGCAUCGAUUGGAGCAGUGACUCAAACCCGUUUUUUCGGGUUUUCAGAUACUCAAGACUUGAUGGUAUGGAGAUGCAAAAUGUAUAUGGGGCGGCUGGACGACGAGAAUUCAAUGGUGUAUAUUGCGGUCAUACUGGGGAUUUUUCCAUGUAUUUAUUCCACUACUAUAGGACAUGAACACGAUAAUCUUCUUGUAUGGAAAGUUUUUGUUUUACUCUUCAAAA